CAGUGACCAGAAUUCCUUUCAUUCGUGUUUCACACAUUUCACCGAUUGUCUGACACUCUCUCGUCCCGUUGGAAUCCGUGGGGCUAUGCUUUGUUGGGAGGUUGUUGUCAGCCAAAGAUUCCCCACUACAGAAAUCUCUAUUCUGUAAGCCAAUGGCUGACAUAUUGCAUGAUACCAUGCUUCCACUUCGUCGUGAUGCCAAAAAGUCGGCCACUCGAGGGAAUCGCCACAAAACGCUCCUCAGACAAAUGCAAUUCAAUAGAAAUGCUCGAGUGUAUUCACUGCUUGCCAUACAAAAUACAUAGAAAUUCAAGCAAUGAUUAA